CAGACCUACUCUCAUUAGAAGUUUCUUAGUAAGUCAGAGCUGACACCGGACAUCAUUGACUUCAGUAUUACUAACCAAAGCUGCUUACUUACAUUGUCCUUCGAAUUAAAAUAAUUUAUUCAAAUAAUAGCUUAGGAAUUGGAUCUUCUUUAAGAGACCCAUCAAGGGUUGAAAUAAAACGUUCACAAACUUUAGAGAAGCUCUUAGAAAAUUUCUGAAUGUCCUGAAAUUCCUUUUUAUGUCCGCUGUCCCUCCACUGACUUUUGCAAUGAGGGCCCCGCCUUAAAUUUCUGAGAUCAGUGGCAUUUAAACCAAACACACCAUAAAUGGGUAAAAGUGCCUUCUUUCAGUGGCAGUUUUCUUUUAAAUUUCAAAUACAAACAUUGGAAAGCCAAGUACAGUCAUUUGGUUUCACAGGAGAGCUGCUUAGAACGUAGCGGCCUGUGGGCUCAUGGGCGCUGCGCGCUCUGCCCUGAAAGGGUGUUGCCGCCUGCGAGGGCGCAGAGGAAGGGAACGUGUUUUCUUUAGAACAACUUUUAAAAAAAUUAUCGUAGUAGGCCGUCUGUUAAAAGAACCGAACGACAUUUAUACAUAAAAUUGGGGUUAAUAAAUUGAACUAAAUUGUAAAACACAAGAUUUGUCUGAUGCUUGGCAUCAGAGAACUUGUUUACUUAACCUCGGAGAGCUUAGGAUUUCCCCAGGCCCAGGGGUAUUUAAGGUAAAACUUGGCCCAUUAGUAGUUCUGUGACUGGCUUGUUGAAAGGAAUAGGGUUGUAUUGUUGCUGUGCGCCUGCACAUUUUACAAGCAAGUUGGACCAUUUUUAUGAGUCACAGCAUCUACUGCAUGUGGUAAUUUUAUUGGCAUCUAUAAUUUUAACUUUAGUGUUAAUUCUGGCAGUUCAGGGAACAAAAACAGGCUCACUUUGGUCGCGAGGAACAAAGCUGAACAAGACUUUGAGUUAGAAAGUGCAAAUUAUGAAGCCUUAUUAAAAGGGAAAAAUUAAUAGCCCCAUAUUUUGUUAUUCUUUUUAAAAUUCAAGCCUACUUCCUCAGAUUGGAUAAGCAUUAAAAUCGUGUCUCCAGCAAGAUGGAAAUGCAGCUAGACGGGAGUCCUGUGUUGUGUUUCUGUGCCUGAAUUCUGCUGCCUCGAUGUGGAAUCUGAGCAUUUGAGAGCCUGAAGGAAUGUUUGAAGUCGUUUCACCCAAGCUGUCGUCUCAGAUGAGGAGCCAGACGCAGAGUGGUCAUUGUGAUGUAUCACCAAUCAGUAUGUCUCCCAUCAGUCAAUCUCAGUUUAUUCCACUUGGGGAAAUCCUUUGCUUGGCCAUCUCAGCAAUGAACUCGGCACGAAAACCUGUCACCCAAGAAGCGCUGAUGGAGCACCUGACCACGUGCUUCCCAGGUGUCCCCACCCCGAGCCAAGAAAUCCUCCGGCACACCCUGAACACGCUGGUGCGGGAGAGGAAGAUCUACCCGACCCCCGACGGCUACUUCAUCGUGACCCCGCAGACGUACUUCAUCACGCCCUCCCUCAUAAGGACUAACAGCAAAUGGUACCACCUGGACGAGCGGAUCCCCGACAGGUCCCAGUGCACCUCUCCACAGCCCGGAACCAUAACGCCCUCUGCCUCAGGCUGCGUCAGGGAAAGGACACUGCCCCGAAACCACUGCGACUCUUGCCACUGCUGCCGAGAGGACAUGCACAGCAUGCACGCGUCCACUCUGCAGAGGAAGCCCGCCAAGGACUGCAAGGACCCGUACUGCCCGCCGUCCCUCUGCCAGGUGCCACCCACUGAGAAGAGCAAAAGCACUGUCAACUUCUCCUACAAGACGGAGACCCUCUCAAAACCGAAGGACGGUGAGAAGCAGUCCAAGAAGUUUGGGCUCAAGUUGUUCCGGCUGAGUUUUAAGAAAGACAAGACCAAACAGCUCGCCAACUUCUCCGCGCAGUUCCCCCCCGAGGAGUGGCCCCUGCGGGACGAGGACACCCCCACGACGAUCCCUCGGGAGGUGGAGGUGGAGAUCAUCAGGCGCAUCAACCCCGACCUGACCGUGGAGAACGUCAUGCGGCACACGGCGCUGAUGAAGAAGCUCGAGGAGGAGAAGGCGCAUCGCAGCAAAGCCGGCUCCUCCGCGCAUCACAGCGGGAGGAGCAAGAAGAGCAGGACGCAUCGCAAGUCGCACGGCAAGUCUCGGUCGCACAGCAAGACGCGAGCGUCCAAGGGAGACCCGUCCGACGGCUCUCACCUGGACAUCCCGGGGGACAGGGAGUAUGACUUCUGCGAUCCCCUCACCAGGGCCCCCCGGGAGGGGUGCUUCAUCAUCGAACACAAAGGCGAGAACUUCAUCAUGCACAGCAACCCCAACGUGCUCGAGCCUCACUUCCCCAUGACGCCGGAGUGGGACGUGUCCGGGGAACUGGCCAAAAGGAGGACUGAGAUGCCUUUUCCCGAACCUUCCAGGGGCAGCUCCCACUCAAAAGUGCACCGAAGCCACAGCCAUACCCAGGACCGACGGUCCAGGAAUGAGAGGUCCAACAAAGCCAAGGAGAGGUCCAGGUCCAUGGACAACUCCAAGGGCCCUCUGGGCGCGUCCUCCCUGGGGACGCCUGAUGACCUUGCCGAAGGCUGCAGCCAGGAUGACCAAACCCCCAUCCAGUCCUACAUUGACGACAGCACUCUAAGGCCUGCGCAGACUGCCGGUCAUCAAAGGGCUCACCUUUUGUCCACAAGCUAUAAAGAGCUGUGUAUUCCAGAAAUAGUCGGCAGCGGCAAGGAACCUCCCAGUGCUUGCAGCCUCAUGGAGCCAGGCAAACCACCGGAGAGUUUGCCGUCCUACGGUGAACUCAACUCCUGUCCGACAAAAACAGCAACGGACGACUAUUUCCAGUGCAACACCUCCAGCGAGACGGUGCUCACGGCGCCGUCGCCCCUGGGGAAGAAUAAAGAGGACCAUGACACUCUGACCCUGGCGGAAGGGGUGAAAAAGCUGCCUCUGUCGGAUAGGCAGACCCCGCUUUCCUCCAGGGAGCCUGGAGGCCACAAGGAGGAGUCGCCCAAAGGGCCAGGCGGGGGCCCGGCUGCCUCGGGCGCAGCAGCGGAAGGCAUGGCCAACGGGCGGCUCAUCCAGCACCACGGCGCCGAGCCCAGCAGCCUGGACAAGAGGAAAGAGAUAUUCAGCAAAGACACACUGUUCAAACCUCUGCACAGCACCUUGUCUGUAAACAGCUAUCACAAAUCCAGCCUGUCCCUCCUCAAAUCUCACCCGAAGACACCUGCCGACACACUGCCAGGCCGAUGCGAGAAGCUGGAGCCGUCCCUGGGGACCCCGGCGGCACAGGUCAUGCCAGCCCUCCAGCGCCAGCAGGAGUCCGGGGGCAACCAGGAAGCCUCUUUUGACUAUUACAACGUCUCCGAUGACGACGACUCCGAGGAAGGGGCAAACAAAAACGCCGAGGAGGAGAAAAACAGAGAUGAUGUGGGCACCAUGCAGUGGCUCCUUGAGAGGGAGAAGGAAAGAGACUUGCAGAGGAAAUUCGAGAAGAACCUCACCCUCCUUGCCCCCAAAGAAACUGACAGCAGCAGCCACCCGAGGACCACCCACUCGGCACGCCUGGACAGCAUGGACAGCAGCAGCAUCACCGUGGACAGUGGAUUCAACUCCCCACGCACUCGGGAGAGCCUGGCUUCCAACACGUCAAGCAUUGUUGAGAGUAACCGCCGCCAGAACCCCACCUUGAGCCCGGCCCACGGCGGCGCUGGCCCGGCCUUCAGCUUCCGAGCGAGCGCGGACCCCCCAGCCAGCGAAGCCGAGAAAUUACAGAAACCUUCCAACUGCUUGCAAGCUUCUGUGACUAGCGUGUGACCGUUGUUCUGCCUCAGAUCUCCUGUCUCGUUCGAUACGGCCAAGUUUACGACCCUGGGACUGAUGUUUACAUCUUCGGGAAGACAAGCAUGUAUGCCACAGUUUUCGUGUUUACUUAAACUGUGCUGCUAAGUAGGCUAGAGCAAAACACGAACGUCUUUCUUUCCGAGUAUUGCUUUUCACAUUUGCGGCUCUGUAGCAACAGAAUAGCAGUAGGGGUGAUCUGUACACUUUUGCUUCACUAAUUGUAACUGAGCACACAUAGGAGAGUCUAGACACUGUAAGUGUAAUAUGCAUUUCAAUGUCAUGCGGUUGCCAGUUCCAUUUCUAAAUGCCACAGGUGCGUGUUGCUCCCAGUCUGUGGGCAGAUGGUGCCACAGAACUGAUUCUUGCCACUUCCAGACAAACAAACAAACAAAAACAAAUGAGGCCAACACAGAAUGUCAAAUGCAAGGGCCCACCGUGAGGGAAAUCAAUGCCAAACAGCCGAGAAGAGACCCCAGCCCUUUGUGUGUGAGUCGCUUACGCACCUGUCAUUUUCACUGUGAGUUUCCGUGGCGCGAUUUUGCAGGAGCCCGAGGAAGUGUGUCCGAGGGGGUCGGGAUGGAGAUACUGGGAGUGUGUGUUGUCAGGAUUUUUGUUUCUAAGUGUCACGGAUGCUUGUCUGAGUUUUAACCUCCCACAAUCACAAGCAGGAAUAUAGGCCUUUGAAUCUGAAGGGGUAAAAAGGAAGGGGUCCCCGGUCCGGCUGGGACACAGCGCUGGGUGAUGGAAGAGGUAACGUGGACUUUUAGAAGGUGUGAGCCCAAUACGUGAGGAAGGUCGUUUCCUCUUUGGGAUACUUAUGACGAUCCCAUCUUGCUAUAGUGGAUACGAUAAUUAGUUUGUUUAAAAGCAAAAUGUUCUUUGUGAUACAAAUGAAGAGUAUGGCCUGGGGGUGCUAUUCUUUCUAAUGGAAGGACAUAAAUCUAUUUUAUGUAGUUUUAAAUAGAAUGCCUAAAUUAGGCUGUGGGAGAUCAUUUUUAGUGGUUAUAGAAAAGAGAAAGAUUUAGGGAAAGUUGAACUUCAGGCCUUUUAUUCCUGGGAAGAUAUCUAUACAGAAAACUUUAAAGUAAUUUUUGAUCAGAAAAUAUACAUGUGCCCAUGUAAUUAACAACAGAAUGUGCUCAUUCUGCGAUUGUGGUAUGAUUCUAACUUGUGCUCCCCUAAAAUCGACCAGGAUAGCAAUUAUGCAUAUAGGAACUAUGCCAGAGUGAUGUUUACAGAGACUUAGUAACCGGUUUCAGGAGGCAUUUCUAGGUGGAUGUAUGGUUAUCAGACCAGCGUGUUUCAAAACGGCUUGUUAACAUUUGGCUUUGGUUUGCAGUGUCACGUUGAAUACAAAGUAGCCGGCGAGCAGCAGAGGGGUGACAAAUAAGCUUCAGCCUUUUAGGAAGGAGAUUUUUCAAAGUCCCCGUGUUUUAUUUUAUGGGAACAAGGAAAUCAAUCUGUAGAUAAUAAAAAAAUUAUUUGCAAAAGGGUUACAUAGGACACAGGUUAAAGGGUCCAACAAAGGGUUUAUUUAGUUUAGUGGCAUGUGAUGUUUGGAGUCAUAGACCAUAAAAUAUAUACCCCAAAAUCAGUCUAAAAGAUUUUCUCCUCGGAUUGCAGUCAACGGUAUGGCAUUGGCGAAGCACUGCUGCUCCGGUGUUAGGUUUAAUCGCCAGCGGCCUGUUGAAAGAAUGCAGUCGCACACGUGGUCGGUCUGAUUCUGGAAACAUUAGGGUGCUCCCUCACGCUCUUUCAGAUAUUUGGAAGUUGCAUCGGGAACCGGAUGCAUCAAGUUCAGUCUAGAUUCCUUUUCUGUGCUUAGUGUGAAACCUAACUACAUUUCUUGGUCAGUGCCCACACCGCUAAAAUGCUCAAGUCAGUUGGCUCUCGGUGUCAUGCCUUAUUUCCUGCAAGGCAUGCCUCGAUUCCUCAGAAAUGCACUAUUUGUCUCACUGCUUAAAUAUGUCCAGAAGGAAUGAUAAUAUAUUUAAGAGACUCUAUACAGAGUCUGCUUCCUUGGGGAGCUGUAUACCAUACGGUUACUAAAUUCUUCUGUCUAGAUUUGUUUUUCCCCCCUCCAAAAUCCUGCUCUCCAGUGUUUAUCAUACUCUCAGUUCAUAAAUAAUAUAACCAUUGAAACAGUCCAUCAGCCUCUGGUUGAUCCUCUGGACGUAGCCAUUAUAAUAAUCAAAUGCUGUGUGACCAGGAAAAGAAAACAUUACCGUUAGAAGCUUUAAAAUAUGAAUUUAUCACUAUUUCACCAGAAAUAGGUUUACAGAAGGUAUUAUUCAAGUAAAACAUGUACACUUUUUGCCUGAUGCUGUGGGGUACAUGAUUAAAACAAAAAACUCCCUUAGACCUGCAGCCGUUAGCGUAGGAACGAUGGACUUUAGAGAUGAUACAAGAUAUUUAGUAACAGCCCCGUCUGAUCUCUUCGGGAUUUCUGAGGGGGGCAAGAGGGGGGCAGGAAGCACAUACAGGUGUGACCCUGGGUGGUCUAUGGCGAGGUUCUCAGUGACCAGGCUUCACCGACACCCUCUCCUCCAGUGAAACGACUGCUCUGUGUUCCGUGGCUGCUUAUAGAGUCUCCACUUAGAGUUUAUCAGCGGAAAGGUUUACAAAAUUGAAUCUGGUUGAAUCUCUGUGUAGCGUUCAACUUUCAAGGGUCAACCCAUCUGCCGGCAUUUUGCACACUUAUGUAUUAUUAUGAUGCAGCAUAUUACUUUAUGGUAAUUUUUAUUUUUGCAUAUAACUACCUCCAUAAAUUCGAUGAAGCAGCAGCAGCGCGUUCAGGUGUGUUGCUUGGAAAAGCCAAGUUCAGAACUUGUGCGUCACUGGGCUGUGGCGUUCUGUGUGUGUGUGGCGGCGAUUUGCCCACGUGGACUCAUGACUUCUUCAUGGCCAUGGUUUUCUUUUACGGCAUCAUUUCACGUUCAGAUGUAAGCCCGUUUCUCCCCUCUUCCCCACAGAGGCGCACUUGAUUUUGUUACGGAUUAUAUAGGAAGUUUAAAUUUCUUAUCUCCUCCUCAAUCCCCCAGUCCCUGCAAAAAGCUCCCUCAAAAAGAUCCCCCUGGUGAAGAGCCAGUUGGUAAACAAAACGUAGCAAGCGAUUUACUCCUGUAAAAAUCUGAUUUGAAUUCUAGGUUUUCAGGAACAGGAGACACAUGAGAAAUUUGGACUUCGAAGCACUUUGGUCCUCUCUGCCUUCACUCCCAUGCUACCCUAUCGAGCCCAAACGUCGCUGCGAUGAAAAGAGCAGUGCUGUGUAUUCAGCUUCUGUUACAUAGUUUGUGUUCCAUUUUAUAUAUUUUGUACAUCUCAGGGGACCUAAAUGAGCAUAUGAAAAUGGGGGGGGGGUGCCAUCGGAUAGAGAAAAUAAAUGGGAGAGCUGAAAGGGGACUAGCUGGAUAAAGAUAACAUGAAAAUGACUGCUUUCCUGACUUCAUGAAGCUCAAGUUCAGGAAGCAGAAAUUGAAAGUUAAUCUGGAGUAACAGUGAUCCAAACACCAGCUGUUCCCAAGCCUCCCUUUUCCACAGCCCAACCAGCAUUUCUAAAAUGUAAAUUUCAAUUCUGUUGCAGUCACCUUGGGGAAAAAGAAACCCCCUUCCAUGAAAACGAAAGCAUCUUUCUCUUGUUUUUUGGUUGGCAUAGCUAGCUUUGCAAAAUUCUACCCAGGAUGAACCACUUAUCACCACAAAGUGUACUUGAAAGUAAAGUUUUUUAAUUUAAAUGAUAGACAUUUGCUCACAAUAACAAUAGCGAUCAUAUUUUGGAAAGUCUCAUCAUUUAUAACAUGGGCAGUAUUUGGGACUUGAUUACAAACCAACAACAACCUAUAAUGACUUUGCAAGUUCAUUUUGGCAUCUCAAAGUGCUUCCAAAGCAUUCGAUUCAUAAACAGUUAACCCAGCAGGUCCUGUGUGUAAUCCCCAUACUUGAAAUGAACAGACGGAAGGAGUGACAAGAUUACCCAGAACACAGUGGCAGCUAUCGAUUAUCUCUUUUCUAUCUGUUUGAUAGACCAUCCUGAGAAAUCACUCAGUACAAUGCUAUUUUUUCUGAUGUGUGCUAAUAAAGUCAAAGAAAACAAAUACAACUUGACACCUUUGUCCACUUUCAUUCAAAAAGUUCAGGGCGUUUGGAAUUGUACACCUCAGUGUACACCUUACUGGUAUUGAUUUAUGAUGUGGGGAAGUCAACCAGUCCGUUCAAAUGCCAUUGUGGUCAGAAGUAUAUCUAGACAUACACCCUUGUUUACAGUUUCAUAUCGGGCUUCUCUGAUCCCUGUGCUAAAACGCCAUCUUUCAGGAGCAUGACCGCUCCUGGCAGUGGAAGGUGCUGACACAGAAAUUUCAGUUAAAAACUGUAUCAUGUACUCUUCACAGUGCUGCUUAGCACAACAGAAAUUCAGUACAAUUAUCGAGCUCUACUCCGAAUAAUCUGGAUUUCCAAGGGAGCCGAUCUAGUUCCAAGUGUUUUCUCAAAUUAGGAGAAGGUUGAUCCUUGACGGGUACCUUCUCUGUUGCUACAGGUCAGUCACAGAACCCGCCGGCUGUGUGCUGGCAGGCGACAUUGGACCUCAGCAGAAGUGACUGUUUCCUCUCCCCAGGACUGUCCCACCCAUUGUCAAGACAGCCAAUACUCUUCUGUUCCCAAGUGAAUCUUCUGCACAUGUGUAGGGCUUGGGGAAGCUAAAACACAAGAAAAAAAUGAAUGCAAAAGCCAUGGAAAAUACUGUUUUGCUUUGGGUUAGUAAAAUAUGGGCAGGAAAGGGAUUACCAUCGGUCCAAUCUUUGCCAAGUAAGAUAAAAGAAUCAGCUGUCACUCCGUCACUCUCCGAGAAGGGUUUACAGUAUUAAGGAUACAUCCAUUAUUUUCCCGUGGAUUUUUAUUUAGCACACAUUUCAUAAAUUAUAUAUAUAUAUAUAAUUCAUUAUUAAAUUUCCUGGUGCGUUUGAAACAGACAUUGGCAUCUCCCCGACUGAGUUAAUCUCGGCAUCUCUUGCAGCAGCCUCCCAGAGACUCCCCGGUGAUGGCUCCCCUAACACGUAAGCCUGUGUUUUCACAGUUGUGUUUUCUCUGACUUACAGUUGCUGAUUUGCAAGGUUCAGAAUUCUACGAGGCUCAAGGGGGACUCAGCCUCCUUCUUAUGAUUGUAUACUAUCAGUUACCGGGCUUUAAAUCGCUCCUGUUGGCUUCAAAUGCAAACCCACACGCACACCCCCUGCCAACGAGGGAAGGGGCUGUUCCCAAGCGAGGCAGUGAUGACUGGAAGCCCACGUGAGGCUAGAAGCUUGGCUGGUCCACGCACAGCUGCCUACCUCCCUGGCCAAAGGUUGACCUUGGCACCCCCUUCCCUUGCUCCCACCAAAAAGAGGUACCAAAUCUGAGAUCUGAGAUCUCCAAUAUCAGUCCUCUGCAGUUACAGGAAACUUGUCGUGAACUACACGCUCAGCAGCUCCUCGCCUUCCAGUCCUGUCCUCGCCGCAGGUCCUCCCUGCCUCCCCCCCCCAGACACCCGUGCACCGCCGCGGUUUCCACGUCGGAAGGGCGAGAUAGUGUGUGGUACUGCGCACACGUGACGGGGCAGCUCCAGAGCUAACCUCGGGUCGCCUUCCUGUAAGUACCGACAGCUACAAAUUAAGGUCCUUAGAGUAGUUGACAUAGAUACAACUUUCUAGCAGAGAAUUAAAUUUCAACGUUCAGUUUAAAAGGGAUCAUAAUUCUGCAGGUAUCUUUCUCUGAGUGACUGAAUGUGACUAUUGCAUUAGGGUAAAUGAAUUAAGAAGUGCAAGUGGGAUUUACUGUAUGUUAGAAAGGAGUUUUGCAGCCAAGACUGCCUUGAAUAAAAUGUGUUUGCACUGAAAAAAAAAAAAUUUUAAAUUACUUGGUCUCUGGUUGCUGUAAAGGUCAUCCAAGAUGGAUGUUCUGUUUAUAUUGUAUAGUAUUUCAUAUGAAAUAAUUACAGUUCAUGAAAUGUCUUCCCUAAUGUUACUGAUUUAUAACAGCACAUUUGUAACAUGGUUUCUAUCGUGUCAGUGUGCCAUAUUGUACAGGAUGGUUACUUGUCAUGCUUAGUAUAAUAACUUAAAAGGAAAAAAAAGCACAGGGAUUUUUGUAAGUCUAUAUUUGAAAGUCCCUCCAUAUGGUAAUAUUGUGUUCAUGUUGUUUAUGUAGUGUUGUGUGAAAUAUCCAUUUUGGAUUGUGUUACUUUUUAAGAUAUUAAAUAACAUUUGGUUAUA